AUGAGCAGUCACCACAUUUGGCUCCGCGACCACUGCCGCUGCCCGGAAUGCUUCCAUCCAGUCACGAAACAGCGGUUGCACAGCACGUUCGAGAUUCCGGCGGACGUAAAACCUGAGGGUGUGCAAGCGACGCCCGGGGGCUUGAGAGCAACAUGGCCGUCCCAGCAUGUUUCGGUCUAUCCCUGGUCUUGGCUGUGGACGAAUGCGUAUGAUCGACCCCGGACGGCUGACGACCGUCGGUCGGUAUCGCCGGCGUUAUGGGGAGCUGAAAUCAGCGAACAUCCCCCGACGGUUCCCUACGACGGUGUCAUGGACCCCAGCGACCGCGGCUUGCUUGAUUGGCUGUCCAAGAUCGAACGAUGGGGAUUUUGCUUCGUCUCCGGUGUGCCGGUGAGCACCGACGCGACGGAGGAGUUGUGCAAGCGCAUCGGGUUCAUCCGCGAGACGCAGUACGGCAAGUUCUGGGACUUCACCUCCGACCUCGCGAAGGGCGACACCGCGUACACCACCCUCGCCCUCGGCGCGCACACCGACAACACUUACUUCACCGACCCCUGCGGCAUCCAACUCUUCCACCUCCUCUCGCAUACCGACGGCUCGGGCGGCGCCACCCUCCUCGUCGACGGCUUCGCGGCCGCCGCACGCCUCAAGGCGGACCGCCCGGACGCGUACCGCCUGCUCGCGGAGGUGCCCGUGCCCGCGCACGCCGCGGGCGACCCCGGCGAGCUCUACAGGCCGUACCCGCCCGCAGGGUACCCCGUGCUCGGGCACGACGCCGCAGGCGCGCUGGUGCAGGUGCGGUGGAACAACGACGACCGGAGCGUGAUGCGCUCGGUGGCGCCCGAGCGGGUCGAGGCGUGGUACGACGCGAUCAGGACGUGGAACGAGUACAUCACCGCUCCGGAGGCGGAGUACUGGGUCCAGCUGCAGCCCGGUACGGUCGUAGCCAUCGACAACCAUAGGGUCAUGCACGGCCGGUCUGCGUUCAACGGCAAGCGCCGCAUGUGCGGCGCCUACAUCGGUGUGGACGAGUACCGAUCCAAGCUCGCCGUGCUCAAGGAAAAGUUCUCGCCCCCGGAUUCACCCGAGGCGCUCAUGCCAGAGGGACGCAGCAUCUGGCACCCGUACCUGUGA